AUGCUGGCAAUUCCUAAAAUUUCUGAAACAAUAGAAGAAUAUCAAACAAUAGUUAAAUAUUUUCAAUUAAAAUUUAUUUCAGAUGAUAUUCAAAAAAACUCUAUUAUAAAAUUCAAUUUUAUUCAUUAUUAUAAAAAUUUUGAAAUUGAUAAAAAUGAAAUUCUUUAUAUUAAACCGGUUAUAAAGAAUGCUGUUACUUCUGAAUUUGCUAUCUGUGAAAUUACUACUGUCCAAGCUGCUGCCUCCAAAUUUACUAAUCAAAUUGUUAUCCAUGAAACCACCAAUACUAUUCAAGAUACUGCUUUCGAAACUAUCAAUGCUAUUCAAGUUACUACUUCUGAAACUAUGAAUACUAUUCAAGCUACUGCCCCCAAAACUACCAUCCAGAAUGUUAAAUCCAAAGCAGUAGAAGAAUAUAUUUUACAAACAUUAGAACUUCAGCAAUCCAUAAACACAUCACUUGAAAAAUAUCAUAUCAUAAUAUGA